CAUAUUUUCUAGCUACACUCGCCGGUGCCGUCUCUCCCCCACUCUCUACACCGUCCGACGGCGGCGGCGCCGCCCCCAGAAGGACUCCAGAUGCCGCCCAACCACCCUCCGGCGCCGAAGCCCUUCAAGCCGUACUUCUUCUACGGCCACCGCAAGCCCUCCCAGAACCGCCCCGUCGUCUACGGCGGCCUCUUCUCCUCCCGCAAGACCAUCCCCGCUCGACAGAGCCCCAGACCCACGAGCCCGCCGGCUCCCUUCCACCUCCACAGAUGGGACUCCGACCACCGCGGCCCCCUCCCGUCUCCGCCGCCGGCGCCCGAGCCUCCCUCCUCCCUCGCCGCCUCCCGCCGCCUCUCCCCAAUCGCCCGCUUCAUCGUCGACGCGUUCCGCCGGAACCGCGGCGACUGGGGCCCGCCCGUCGUCGCCGAGCUCUGCAAGCUCCGCCGCGUGACGCCCAGCCUCGUCGCGGAGGUGCUCAAGGCGGAGAGUAACCCCACGAUCGCCUCCAAGUUCUUUGCUUGGGCAGGUAGGCAAAAGGGUUAUAGGCACGACUAUGCGGCCUACAAUGCACUUGCUUAUUGCUUGAAUAGGAACCACAAGUUCCGAGCUGCUGACCAGGUGCCCGAGUUGAUGGACUCGCAGGGGAAGCCGCCUAGUGAGAAGCAAUUCGAGAUUUUGAUUAGGAUGCAUGCGGAUGCCAAUAGGGGGUUGAGGCUUUACUAUGUGUAUGAGAAGAUGAAGAAGUUCGGCGUGAAGCCGCGUGUGUUUUUGUAUAACAAGAUUAUUGAUGGGUUGGUGAGGACUGAUCAUUUGGAUUUGGCAUUGUCUGUUUACGAUGAUUUUAGGAGUGACGGGCUGGUUGAGGAUAGCGUCACUUACAUGAUCCUGAUAAAAGGUUUGUGUAAGGCAGGGAAAAUUGAUGAAAUGAUGGAGCUUUUGGCUAAAAUGAGAGCAAACUUGUGUAAGCCGGAUGUUUUUGCAUAUACAGCAAUGGUUAAGAUAUUGGUUUCAGAAGGGUAUUUAGACGGAUGUUUAGGGGUGUGGGAGGAAAUGAAGAGAGAUGGUGUCGAGGCUGAUGUUAUGGCAUAUGGAACCUUGGUUACGGGAUUGUGUAAAGGAAAGAGAACGGACAAGGCCUUUGAGCUGUUCAAGGAGAUGAAAGCAAAAGGUUUAUUAAUUGAUCGGGCGACUUAUGGCACAUUAGUUGAGUCAUUUGUUGCAGGUGGCAAAGUUGAAUCUGCUUGUGGCUUGUUGAAGGAUUUAAUUGACUCAGGAUAUCGGCCUGACUUGCGGAUCUAUAACUCUCUCAUCGAAGGCUUGUGUAGUGUCAAGCAUGUUGAUAAGGCUCACAAGCUUUUCUUUGUAACAUUGCAGGAGGAUCUCCAGCCAGAUUUUGGGACAGUUAAUCCCAUUCUGGUUUCUUAUGCUGAGAUGAGAAGAAUGGAGGAUUUCAGCAAGUUGCUGAUGCAGAUGGAGAAGUUUGGAUUUUCUGUGAUAAAUGAUCUCUCCAGUUUCUUCUCAUCUUUCGUUUGUGUGGAAGAGAGGAUACCGAUAGCUUUAGAUGUUUUCAGGGACUUGAAGGUAAAAGGUUACUGCAGCGUGUCGAUCUACAAUAUCUUGAUGAGGGCUUUGAAAAAGUCUGGGGAUGUGAAAUUGGUAAUGUCUCUAUUUGAUGAAAUGAAGAACACCCAAAUCGAGCCCGAUUCCUUGACUUACAGUAUCGCUAUCGAAUGUCUUGUUGCGCUCGAGGAAAUAAAAGAGGCAUGCACGUGUUAUAAUAAGAUAAUGGAGAUGUCAUGUCUCCCCUCUAUAGAUGCAUAUUGUUCUCUUGCUAAAGGACUCAGCAAAAUUGGGGAGAUUGAUGCAACUAUGACGCUCAUCCGUGAUUGCCUGGCCAGUGUUAUGAGUGGACCCAUGGAGUUCAAAUACUCUCUGACGAUUCUCCAUGCAACUAAGUCAGGGCAGGCUGAGAAAGUGGUUGAGGUCCUGGAAGAGAUGGUGCAAGAGGGCUUCCCUCCAAGUGAUGUUGCAUACUCUGCCGUCAUCUCUGGAUUUUGUAAGCAUGGGACAAUAGAAGAAGCUAGAAAAGUCUUUUCAAGUAUGCAAGAGCGCAAGCUUUUGAGGGAAUCAGAUGCAAUUGUUUACGAUGACAUGCUGGUUGAACACAUGCAGAAGAAGACAGCAGACCUAGUUUUAUCGGGACUGAAGUUCUUCGGUCUGGAAAGAAAAUUGAAAGCAAAGGGAUGUAACUUGUUGCCUCCGUGAUGAUGCAUGUGUUCUAUGUUCAUUCUACCACUGCUAUAUUUAAAGGCUUCUUUGCAACGCAAAAUGGGAAGGGCUUCCUAGCUUUGUGAUCACUAGGAUGGCCUCAAUGAAAUGCAAGGCAGUUUCUGGAUCCUUGAGGUUGCACAUUGGUCUACUGCCUUAUGCCAGUACCCUUUGACUUGUGGUUGAUCUCUGCUGCCAUUGCACCAUUACUUCAGGUGAGCGAAUGUGACUUUGGAAUUACCUAUAUGUUGCCUUGAAAUAAUUUGGUUAGCCAAUCAUCUUUUACAACCUUCACCUUAUUUUCUCCAGCUUCUUGGAACUGUAAGGUGUAGAAUGUAUCUUUCCUUUUGGUGAUUCACGCAUCUUGCCCCAUGGUAAGUUAACGUCUUGUGUAGGGCCUUGCAGGAAGAUUACCCUUUAAGCAUUUGUUGUAAUGGUGGGAGGCUAUUCUAUAGUGCACGAACAACUUACAGUUAAAUCAGUCCUACUAGAGAUCAAUAUAGACUAAUAGUUUUGUGAUCUCCAUGAGCACAGUCUGAUUCAUCGAUCUCUAUGGCGAAGAGUGUCUCAACUGUAUGAAUAUAGGAGAUAUCUGCAAAACAUGGAAGCUAGUACCUGCGAAAAAAUGUAGCUGUUAUUCAGCCGUAGCUGGAUAGAAUUCGAAGGCUUGCAUUUCCAAUUUCUAUUGAGAGAACCACCUGGAAAUUAGGUCAAAUCAAUGGUGUUGCGUGUCUCAAGAUUGAAGAUGUGUGUUGCUUUCAGUUAGUUUAAGAAGAUUCAGGAAGUGCCUGCUUUGAAGAAUUAUGCUGGAUGCCACCCCUUUUUGGCUGCAAAUAUUGCCAUCAGGUUCAAUUACUGUGUAAUAUCAAGUUUAAGGAAUGACGUCUUCAUCUAUAUAUUGAAGGUUGAGGACAAAAGGAAUGGAUAAUAUUGAAGAUGAGAAGUCAGCCCCCUUAGAGCCUAUAAAAGUUGUUCGAUAUACCAAAGCAUGGAACAAGAGGAGUUUGACCUAUUCAAAUUCAAAAGCUAGUAACAGUGACCGAAUGAUGGAGGCUCACAUGGAGAAAUGUAAUAACUGUCAACGGGUAUUCAAGGUCAAUAAACAGACAAAAUGCGGAAGGAGCACUGACGCUCGGGCUAUGCCAAAACUCCAUGAACUUUUUGUCUCGAGUUUUCUCCUUUGUGUUUGUAGCAAUGUUCUUUCAGUUUUGCUUUUAGUACUUUUAGUUUUCAAAUCAAUCUUGUCAAUCUGUGACGUGCAUCGAAUAUGAUUGUCGACAGCUAUCUGAGAUGCCCUCUAAACUAUUCUGCUUGGCUAUCAUCAUCAAAGAGUUUAGUUAUAUGCGUUUUGAA